AUGUGGUUUGAUGAAGAUCAACAAACAAAAUCAAAUGAUAGAGUAAUAGAAGAAAAUUCAUCUGAUGAAGAAACAGAAAAAUGUACUUGUCAUAAAGGAUGUUCAACUCGAUCUUGUUCUUGUUUUAAAAAUGGUAGUGGAUGUAAUUCAUCAUGUGGUUGUAAUGGAACAUGUCGAAAUAUGUUCAAUCAUCUUGAAUAUUUUUUUGGUAAUGAUAAAAAAUAUUCUGCUCAUCCAUGUUUUGCACAAUGGCUUAAGAAAACUGUAAAAAAUGCUGAUGCACUUCAAAUGAUUGAUCGAGAAAAAUUACGUCAACGUAUUAUUAAAUCUGAAAACUAUCCGGAAAUGUUUGGAGAUUAUGAUAAUUCAAAAGAAUGGAAGAAAAAAAAUGAAAAUGAAAAAUUACUUGAUACUCAAAGUUUAUUUCGAAAUCUUAUGUCAGAUGAAGCAACGGAUCUUUAUUAUUCAUUUUGUCAAGAUGAUGUUUGUGAUAGUGAUAAUGAUUGGCAUUGUGCUAUAUGUCGACGAUGUAUGGAUUGGAGAGUAUGGCAUUGUGAUAAAUGUAAUAAAUGUAGUUGGGGUUCUAGUUUACCAUGUGAACGAUGUGGAGAUAGCAAUAGUGAUAGUGAAUUAUCUGAUUAUUUUUAA